AUGAAAAUUUGCUCAUUGCUUUCUAUUGGUAUUAAACUUACAGCUGAAAUAACAUUAUUGAAAGUGAAAGUAACGAUCUUUUAUUUUACAGGGGUUUCACACAUUGCUCAUGUUUUGGAGGAUCCUACAGGAGAUAGAAUUGUUAUAGAUCAGAGAUACGACUGGCCCAUCGGAAGACCUCUCGACCACAAUGAAUUACUUCAGAUCGAACUCGUGUCACAAAAUCGGGUCUUGCCCGAUAAGAUCAUUGGAUACUAUGGACUCUUUCUUCAGCGCGUUAUCAGCGACGGUCGACUUUGCAUAUCGGAUUACCUCAAUGAUUCCAAUCACAAAACUUUACCCACCAUCAUCGAAUUCGAUGUGGUUUACAUCGUGCCAGACGAGACCACGGGAACGAUCGGCGAAACUGCGCACUCCUACGAUUUUUUAGACGACGACCAGCAGAUGCUGAUAGACAUCGAACAGAACAUAGCCAAUUUGGAACGAUCGCUAUCGACCAGCCAGGCCGAAAGCGUCGGCGGCGGUUCGAUUAAGGUGCCGCGCAAAUCGUUACUGCAACGAGCGAUUUCGCUGAACGUGUCCUCGUCCCACGAGAGAUUGGAUAAAAGGAAAUCGUCCGCGUUAGCGAACGUGAAAAACCUAAUCAAAAUCGGAAAACAGCGUCCGCCGAAGAGUAGGACGACCAGUGAGGAGUCGCUGCUGAUAUACGCCGAUGAGCCUGGGCGAGUUUCGCGACUCUCCGGAGCCGAUUCCGCUCCCAUAUCACGAGCUGGGAGUCAGGCCUCGGUUACGUCCAUGGGAGAUACUUUGGAGUAUGCGUCGAUACCUGUGGAAUUAGACAAGAAACCCAGAGUUAAGGUCGAUAUGGCAACGACCGUUCAUUCCGCAAUGAAAGCUUUAGAUUUUCAAAUUUCCAUUACGAUCAUAGAAGCGAGACAAUUAACCGGUCUCAAUAUGGAUCCGGUCGUUUGCAUACAAAUUGGCGAUCAGAAAAAGUUCACCAGCGUCAAGGAAAGCACGAACUGCCCCUAUUAUAACGAGUACUUUGUUUUUGAUUUCCAUAUGCCCCCGAUCAUGCUCUUUGAGAAGAUUAUUACGUUAACGGUUUUGCAUUCUAGAAAACUUUUACGUUCGGGAACGGCGGUCGGUGCAUUCAAAAUUGACGUCCAAACCGUCUAUGACGCUCCUGAUCACCAAUUCUACCACAAGUGGGCUUUACUUAUGGAUCCAGACGACAUCACCGCCGGCCCCAAGGGCUAUCUUAAGUGUGACAUCAGCGUAAUUGGAAAAGGAGACAGCAUCAAAGUGCCUCAAAUAAGCGAGAAGGAUGAGGAUAAUAUUGAAGCAAAUCUUUUGCUUCCGGACGGAGUCCCAGUAGACCGCCAGCAUGCUCGAUUCAUCAUAAAAAUCUACCGAGCGGACGGGCUACCUAAAAUGAACUCCUCUAUAAUGGCGAAUGUGAAAAAAGCUUUCACGGGGGAACUAAACGAUUUAGUCGAUCCUUACGUGCAAGUAUCUUUCGCCGGAUUAACGGGGCAGACGAGCGUCAAGAAAAAUUGCUAUGCGCCGGUAUGGAACGAGCAGUUGGUCUUUACGGAGAUGUUCCCGCCUUUGUGCCAGAGGAUCAAGAUUCAGCUUCGCGAUAACGACCCCGUCAAUCCCAAGGUGAUCGGCACGCACUUCAUCGAUCUUAAGGCGAUCUCGAACGACGGAGAGAAGGGUUUUCUGCCGACGUUUGGACCGUCCUUUGUGCACCUUUACGGAUCGACGCGAGACUAUUCGCUUAUUGACGAACACUCGAACCUUAACAUCGGGCUCGGCGAAGGAGUUUCGUAUAGGGGCCGAAUAUUACUGGCGAUUCGGACGGAACUUACCGAGAACAUUGACCUGAUACCGUCCGAUGUUGAGCUGGACCAAAUCCCGCCGAUAUCCGAAACGUCCUACGGGAAAAACGAGGAGUUCUUUCUGUUCGCCACAAUUCUAGACGCGAAUAUGAUCGAGAAAAAGUUGGGAGAUAAGCCGAUGUACUUUGAAAUUAGCGUUGGUAAUGCCGGGAACGCGAUGGACGGGCAGAAUCUGUCGAAGAAGGAGCACGUUGAAAUCGAGAAAGAUGAUUUAGAAGCGGUGGUUACAGAUUUAGAAUCGUGGCAAAGCACUACGCCGCCUACGAAACCGAUGACGCACAAUAAACUGUAUUACUUUCUUCCGUAUUGGGAUAAUAAGCCCUGCAUGCACAUUAAAUCAGUAUGGCCUGAUUAUCGUCGAAGAAUGUACAUAUCGAACCAGAUUGAGAAAAUUGCUGAAAAGCUGGACGAUGGUCUCCAAGAGGUUAACCAUUUAAUAGAGAUGGAGCGCUCUGGAAGUGAUCUUCGGUUAAAACAAGUUUUGGAAGAGUUAAUGAUAGGAUGCCAGAAGUAUGUCACGUUAGCGAAAGACGCCCAGUCAGGUGCCGGCACUGGGAAAACCAAACUUGAUAAGGAACGCAUGAAGUUGUGCCAACGGGAGAUUGAAAAUAUUGGUACUCUCGCUCGAAAUUUACGAGCAAUCGUUACUAAGAGUUCGCUCAAGGAAAGGUACAAAACGGCGCAUUCGUACCUAGCGACGCUGCAAUCCUUGGUCGAUGACCCCCAGCACGCCGUACCUGACAUAUUUCUGUGGUUGGUAAGUGGAGGAAAAAGGCAAGCAUAUCACCGAAUCAUUGCUAGAGACAUACUAUACGCGAUCGUCGACGAAGAACGAGGAAAAUCUUGCGGGAAAGUGCAGACAAUAUUCUUAAAGUUACCAGGAAAAAAGGCGGUUGGUCCCACUGGUUGGGCUAUUCAAGCAAAAUUGCAAAUAUCCCUUUGGUUGGGGCUGUUAAAGCAAAAGAAGAAUUUCUUAAACGGAGUCCCUAACGGAUACGAAAUAACGCAGGAAAUACGCAAUGCGGAUAGGCCACAUGCUUUACCUCCACUAACGAUCCACUACACCGAAAAACACGUCUUCCAAUUGCGAGCGCAUAUUUACCAAGCGCGCUCUCUAAUCGGCUCCGACGCAUCCGGUCUCUCAGAUCCAUUUGCUACAGUCAUAGCAGGCGAGUUUAGCAAGACAACCCAAGUUAUAGAUGAAACAGUUAGCCCGACCUGGGACGAGUUGCUCAUAUUCGACGAAAUCCUCAUAUACGGAACAAGCGAAGACAUACAGCAGGAUCCACCCUUCGUCAUUAUCGAAAUUUUCGAUCAAGACAAAGUGGGGAAGUCGGAGUUUAUCGGUCGCACCAUGGCGAAACCCCACGUAAAGUUACGCGGCGAUGCGUACUGGAAGCCGAAAUUUCCACCCUCAUUAGAGUGGUUUGAUGUUAAAAGAAGCGCGGAUCGCGCCGGCGAAUUGCUGGCGACCUUUGAACUCUUGGAGUACCCCGAUGGCGAUUCAAAGGAAGAGGCACUUCCACCUACUCCCGAAACCAAGCAAGCUUCGGAUUCUAAAGAUACCGACAUGAAAGAUCUUGGACCAAUACUUCCCGUACCGAAAGGUAUCAGACCAACGCUUUGUACAUACCGCAUCGAAGUACUUUUCUGGGGUCUGAGAGACCUGAAACGUGUGCAUUUGAUGACCGUCGACAAGCCGAGGGUCGAUAUCGAUUGCGCAGGUCACACUUUGUACUCGCCGAUUAUUCCGAAUGCCAAAAAGAACCCCAACUUCAGCAGCCCAAUCAAAUUUCUGGACUUAGAGCUGCCGGAGCAAGAACUUUACCGCCCGCCCUUAACAAUACGCGCGGUCGAUUGUCGAAGCUUCGGCCGAUACACGCUCGUAGGAACACACACGAUUAACUCCAUUCAAAAGUACAUCUACGUACCUCGCACGCGAAGAGAAAGAGAGGCAGAAGAACGUAAGCGCUCGAUUAACGCGGCGAACCAGACGAACGAAACGCACGCGACACUCAACACUUCGACAGACGACGAAAACAAAGAAAAGAGCCCUCUCCUACCGAAAGAACCCAAUGGCGCAAUUUCCUAUGGAAGUAGAGAGACAACCAAGAAACCUAAACCGGAAACUCAGAAGAAGAAAAGCGAGGAGGAUGAGCUGGAGCACGAAGAAGAAGAUAGGGAUUGGUGGACCAAGUAUUACUCAUCCGGCGAUGUCGUUAAGGACACCAGAACUCCAGCAAGCAAGAAUCAAAGUUUGUUGCGGCACGAUAUCAGUCCUUCAGAUCUCGAGGAUGUCGAAGUGAUAAGCAGCAAAUCAACGGACCGCAAGAAGUUUGGAUUUAAAGCCGUUGGAACGGCCACGCGGUUUGUCACAAAGCUAAGUCCGAAAGCUACGGGAAAACCUAAACGUAAGUCGGCUUUCUCCAGGAUAUUUGAUAUGGAACUAGAAAAAAUACCCGAAUUUAAUGGGUUUAAGGAUUGGUUGCAUACCUUCGAAUUGUAUCGCGGUAAGAAAAGCGCGGACGAGUCCGAGGACGACAACCGCAUCGUGGGAUCGUUUAAAGGAGCAAUAACGAUCUACAAGUGGCCCUUGCCCAAUGAUUUUGAGGAUUUCCACCUGACAGGUUUCGACCUGAACUAUGGAUUACUCCAAGGGCUUCCUUCCAAUGAGCAAAUCCGAGUUUUAGUACGCGUUUACGUUGUUAAAGCGCUGGAGUUGCAUCCAAUGGAUCUAAACGGAAAAGCUGAUCCCUAUAUAGUACUACAGCUCGGCGCCAAAAGAGUGACAGACAAGGAGAAUUACGUAUCUAAGCAAUUAAACCCGGUCUUCGGAAAAUGCUUCGAAUUCGAGGCAACGUUUCCGCAAGAUUCCCUCUUGACUGUACAAAUAUUUGAUUGGGAUCUGGUGAGUGCAGAUGAUAUGAUUGGCGAGACAAAAAUUGACUUGGAGAACAGAUUCUACAGCCGUCACAGAGCCACCUGCGGGAUUGCCUUAAAAUAUGAGGAAGACGGUUACAAUGCGUGGAGAGAUCCAAUGAAACCCACACAAAUUUUAGCGAAACUAUGCAAGGAAGCCAAGAUCGAUCCGCCUGUAUACACUCCAGGUCACGUAAAAGUUGGUCGAAUUACCGUUCCAGUAAAUGUUGACGAGGUAGAUGACUUAAAAAUAAUGGAAGAAAGGAUGGCUCUCACUAUUUUGCAUAAAUGGCACGAGUUCCCCAUCGGAUGCUACCUGACACCCGAGCAUAUAGAAACCCGUUCACUGUACAACCCAGAAAAGCCAGGCAUGGAACAAGGAAAAAUUGAAAUGUGGGUGGACAUGUUCCCCAUGGACAUGCCCUUACCGGGACCGCCUACUAAUAUAUCACCACGCAAACCGAAAGGCUACGAAUUACGGGUCAUUAUUUGGAACACAGACGAAGUUGUGUUAGAAGACGACGCAUUUUUCACCGGUGAAAAGAUGUCGGACAUUUACGUUAAAGGUUGGGUCAAAGGCACAGAAGACAACCAGUCAACCGACAUCCACUACCGAUCGCUAACAGGCGAGGGUAACUUUAAUUGGCGAUUCGUCUACAAUUUCGACUAUUUGAGUGCGGAAAGACGAAUUGUCAUAACAAAGAAAGAGUCCGUAUUCUCUUGGGACGAAUCCGAAACUAAAAUUCCCGCCCGACUCGACUUGCAAGUGUGGGACGCGGAUCAUUUUUCAGCGGACGACUUCCUAGGCGCCCUCACGCUAGAUUUAAAUAAAUUUCCCCGCGGUGCGAAAUCGGCAAAACUGUGUACCUUGGAAAUGAUAACAAGAAACGACGGAUCGGUGCCCAUGGUUAACAUUUUUAAACAGAAACGAAUCAAGGGUUGGUGGCCAUUUUACAUUAAAAAGGACAACGAAGUCUUAGAAUUAACCGGCAAGGUGGAAGCGGAACUACACCUCUUAACUCAGGAGGAAGCUGAAAAGAAUCCAGUUGGAUUAGGCAGAAACGAACCCGAACCAUUAGACAAGCCAAAUCGACCAGAUACGUCAUUUGUUUGGUUUAUGAAUCCGUUAAAAUCGCUCAGAUACAUCCUAUGGCAAAACUUGAAGUGGAAAAUACUUAAGUUUCUAGUAAUAUUGGCACUAACGUUACUACUUCUAUUAUUUUUCUAUUCGUUACCUGGAUACACAGCCAAGAGGAUCGUGGGGGCGAAGUAAGCAUACAUAUAUUUUCCAUAUCAUGUACUUAUUUGUAAAUAAUAUUUAAAUUAAAGUUAAUGAUACUAAUUGUUAA